GAGCGUCGGGGUUCGGGCUGUGGCGGCGAGGCGACCCUUCGCUCAUCGCCGCGGGCAAGGCGGGCAGGUCGGCGAGGCGGGCGGCCACGGCUUCCCGACACACUCGGGCGGCCGAGUCCCUCGCGUCGCCCGGCACUGCCCCGGCCCCCUCGGCCUCCGGCGGCGAGGCGGGGGAGUGAGGCGAUGCCGACCCAGAGGGACAGCAGCACUAUGUCCCACACGGUCGCGGGCGGCGGCGGCGGGGACCAUUCCCACCAGGUCCGGGUGAAAGCCUACUACCGCGGGGACAUUAUGAUAACACACUUUGAGCCUUCCAUCUCCUUUGAGGGACUUUGCAGUGAGGUUCGAGACAUGUGCUCUUUCGACAAUGAGCAGCCAUUCACAAUGAAAUGGAUAGAUGAGGAAGGAGAUCCGUGUACAGUAUCUUCUCAAUUAGAACUAGAAGAAGCUUUCAGGCUUUAUGAGCUGAACAAGGAUUCUGAACUCUUGAUCCAUGUAUUUCCUUGUGUACCAGAACGUCCUGGAAUGCCUUGCCCAGGAGAAGACAAGUCCAUUUACCGCAGAGGAGCACGCCGGUGGAGAAAGCUUUACUGUGCAAAUGGCCACACUUUUCAAGCCAAACGUUUCAACAGGCGUGCUCACUGUGCUAUCUGCACAGACAGAAUCUGGGGACUUGGACGACAAGGAUAUAAGUGCAUCAAUUGCAAACUGUUGGUUCAUAAGAAGUGUCACAAGCUUGUCACGGUUGAGUGUGGGCGGCAUUCUUUGCCACCGGAACCGCUGAUGCCAAUGGACCAGUCAUCCUUGCAUCCAGACCAUGCACAGACAGUAAUUCCAUAUAACCCUUCAAGUCAUGAAAGUUUGGACCAAGUUGGUGAAGAAAAGGAGGCGAUGAACACCAGGGAAAGUGGUAAAGCAUCAUCAAGUUUAGGUCUCCAGGAUUUUGAUUUGCUUCGAGUUAUAGGAAGAGGAAGUUAUGCCAAAGUACUGUUGGUUCGAUUAAAAAAGACAGACCGCAUUUAUGCAAUGAAAGUUGUGAAAAAGGAGCUCGUCAAUGAUGAUGAGGAUAUUGACUGGGUACAGACAGAGAAGCACGUUUUUGAGCAGGCAUCCAAUCACCCUUUUCUUGUUGGGCUGCAUUCUUGCUUCCAGACAGAAAGCAGGCUGUUUUUUGUCAUAGAGUAUGUAAAUGGAGGGGAUCUAAUGUUUCAUAUGCAGCGACAAAGAAAGCUUCCUGAAGAACAUGCCAGGUUUUACUCAGCAGAAAUCAGUCUAGCACUAAAUUAUCUUCAUGAGCGAGGGAUAAUUUAUAGAGAUUUGAAGUUGGACAAUGUACUGUUGGACUCUGAAGGACACAUUAAACUCACUGACUAUGGCAUGUGUAAGGAAGGAUUACGACCUGGAGAUACAACCAGCACUUUCUGUGGAACUCCCAAUUACAUUGCUCCUGAGAUUUUAAGAGGAGAAGAUUAUGGCUUCAGUGUUGACUGGUGGGCUCUUGGAGUGCUCAUGUUUGAGAUGAUGGCGGGAAGGUCUCCAUUUGAUAUUGUUGGGAGCUCCGAUAAUCCUGAUCAAAAUACAGAGGAUUAUCUAUUCCAAGUUAUUUUGGAAAAGCAAAUUCGCAUACCACGUUCUCUGUCUGUAAAAGCAGCAAGUGUGCUGAAGAGUUUUCUCAACAAGGACCCAAAGGAACGAUUGGGUUGUCACCCUCAAACUGGAUUUGCUGACAUCCAAGGACACCCAUUCUUCAGAAAUGUGGACUGGGACAUGAUGGAGCAAAAGCAGGUGGUGCCGCCCUUUAAACCAAACAUUUCCGGAGAGUUUGGUUUGGAUAACUUUGAUUCCCAAUUUACUAACGAACCAGUCCAGCUCACUCCAGAUGAUGAUGACAUCGUGAGGAAGAUUGACCAGUCUGAAUUUGAAGGUUUUGAGUAUAUCAACCCUCUUUUGAUGUCUGCAGAAGAAUGUGUCUGAUCCUCACUUUCAGCUGUGCUUUGCUUACUGCCAUUUAGUGCAUGAAUAACCUGUCAGCCUGGUCAAGUUAACAUUUGAUGUCGUCACCUACAGAAACCGUCGGCAUCCUGUUAUAGAUGAUAGGAGUCAUAUAGCUAAGUAGAGCUAAGAUAAAGAAAUUAAAACUAGCUUCCUGACAAUCAUGUCAAACUUCAGUUAUGCCUGCUCUCCAGAGGCCUAGUAACAAGUAAGGAAGGUGUCUUUUGUUUAAAGGAAAUGCCACAGCUUCUCAGACUGAGCCUCUGUUGCCUUGUGACACGCAGUGGGAUUACAUCAUCUGUCUCCCACAGUUGUUGUCAUUUUGUGUUAAGUCAGUUGAAGGCUUAAUCAUGUAGUGGAAGGUAAUUCACAAUAUAUCUUGUAUUACUAGUUUCAGAGUUCAAGUAUCCUAUAAAUUUUCAGUUAUCAAAUUGAUAUAGUUGACUCCUUUUAUUAAGAAUUGGAGUCUAAAUAAGUAGCUGUGUUUGAAAAACUGGCACAAUGAUUUGUUUUUAUUUUAUUUUUUUUUAUUUUUUUAGAAUAAGGGGUUAGCAUCUGAGCUUACCUUUUCAGUGAAAACCAGCAUGCUAAUACAUGUAGUUCAAAGACCCACAUGAAUGGACAGUUUCUCAGUUCAUAUAAAGGGAAAAGUAGAAGUUUAAAGUAGCGGCAGAAAGAACAAUGGUCAUGUUCUAUUUCUUACUGGGAAUGAACCCUACAGUUGAUUCUUGAGAUUUGGUUUAAAUAGUGAGGAGGCACUCACUCCUUACUGAACUUAAAGCAUUCCAUUCAUGGAGGGGAAGCAGAAUGUACAUAUAUAUAUUUUAUUAUUUAGUAUAUGGAAAAAUAAUUUAUCUUCUAAGUAGAAUAACUACUUUUGAUUCCUUCCCCCAAAGUGCAUUUUUUGUAUUUUUGAGACCUGUUUAAUGCAGUCUUCAGUGAAAUUCAAGAAUAGCAAACGCACUUGAGUAACUAUAUAACACAUGUGUUCACAUCUCAGUUCUAGCUCCUACUGAGUGUUCACGUCUUAGGUAACAAAUGAAAUACAUAAGAGGAUGCAUUUCAGGGCAGAGUUCUUCAGUUUCCGCAAUAUUCUUAUUAGUAUUAGUAUUUAGCAACAUUUUAUUUAAAGAAGUACCGUUUUAGCAUCAUUUUGCUGUUUAUUUUAAAUAUUUUUAUAUAAAGAACUUUAAAUAAACAUCUAAAUAAACUAUAGUUGUCAAAUCAGUAAAAUGUAAUUUUAGGGAUGCUAUCUAGUGUUGAGCUUAUAAUGAUUUAAAACAUGUAGACAUUUAAAAAUUGUCUUUUGGGGGAUGCUACAUUUCAUUAGAAGUGUAAGUUUUCCCAAGUUUGUGUCAUAUAUUUUCUUUUCUUCAAAUAACUUUAGGCUGGGAGCAAUAAAAACCUCCAUUGAUUAAAGCCAAAUAAGGGACCAGUCAGAUGGCUCAGCAGGUAAAGGCCCUUGCUGCCAAGCCUGGUGCCCUGGGCUUGAUGCUGAGACCCACAUGGAGGAAGGGAAGAACCAGCUCCCACAAUAGGACACCAUGGCACAUGCGCACCCUCCCCUGCAAUAAAUAAAUGCGCAGUGGUGCAGCCAAACAAAUGCAGUAAAUGAGCAUCAGAAAGCAAUUGUUUAUAUACGUUUUCAUGUUUGAGGAAUAUGUUUCCUCAAAUAAUUAGAACUUUUUUUAAAAUCAAAAGGCAGCGUUCGCAUCAUACACUUGUAGAGAAUUCUGAAGUGUCAGGAUGUUUAUGACCUUUUAAGUGGUGCUGUUUACCUCGGGGCAUUUUGGAAUAUAGAAUCAUCACUGAGUUUGUUAAAAAAAAAAAAUGCACGUCAUUGGGCUACCUUAGGGCUCUUUGGGAACUUUGUAUUUCAUUUUGAGAAACAUUUCUUUAAGUUAUUCUUUUUGUGUGUGAGACCAUAUUUCUUAUUGGAGGGUGAGUCUGCUUUUUGUAAUGAAACAGUUUAAGAAGGGGUUCUUAGUGAAUUAUCAUGCACAUUUGCCAACAAAUUUAAAUGAAUGAAUUCAAAUAACAUAUCUUCGAUACCUGCACCCCCAAUAAAACCUGUUUUCUGCCAAUACUGUUCAAAGGAUGAGCAGUUUUCUAUGAGGAGGUUUUAGCCAUUAUUAAUGGUGGUCUUUGUUUUUAAAUCUUUUUAAACAAGAUUUACUGUGUGUCUUUUAUUCAGAAUUAUUGUAAACGUUUUUAAUUGAGUUCUAGUUUUCAGUCCUUAAGUGCCAUGCCAAUUCUUUGUAUGUUAUGUAAAAAUUCUCUCAAAAUACUCAUCUGGGGCUGGGCAGUGGUGGUGCACUCCUUUAAUCCCAGCACUCAGGUGGCAGAGGCAGAUGGAUCUCUGUGAGUUUGAGGACAGCCUGGUCUACAGAGGGAGUUCUGGGACAGCCAGAGGUGUCACACAGAGAAACCCUGUCUUGAAAAGCCAAAAAGAAAAAGAAAACAAACAACUUUUCAGGGGAAUAAUAGUGUGGAUGGGUGGAGUGACUGACAUUUGGUGUCUUGGAAAUCAUUUAUUUUGCAUAAGCUGUGGUCAAAUUGUUUUAUCACAUGCAGCUGGGCUGGAUGUCUAGUUCCAUGUGUCCUCAGUGCCGGUACAUUUAGUUUAGAAAUUUGUUUUGAUUUUUGUCAUGUAGAAUACUUCCUUGUUCACCAUAAUGUAAUCUGUAUUUGUAUAAUUUUUUACAUUAAAAUCUUUAAAUAAAAUGUUUAAUACCUA